AUAAAAAUGCCAGCCAAAUCCGCAAGACAAAUCGCUGCUAAAAAUAACCAGCUUAGAUUACGCCAGAAGCGCGCUAUUGAGAGUUUUGAUGGUGAUGUAAAGUGGUUGGUAGACAAUUGGAAUGAAAAGAUAACUGUUGGUAAUAGGGCUAAUUUCUGCAGAGACACCCGGCUUUUACUUAAUCGGUUUAUAUUUAUCUUUUAAUUUUAAAUUGACUUUUCUUUAUUACAAUACUAUUUCAUUUAACGAUUC